AUGGCUACAGGUACAUCACUAUCAGCGGCAUAUGAAGCGUUACGUGCAACAGAAGAAAAAGCAAAUUUUCAGCGAUUGACACGGCUUCUGAUGCGUGGAGGUCUCGCACUUUUAAAGGAGGUGUUUGACAGUAUCCAUUCCCCACCCAACCUUCCAGCUGUGCUUAGUCACCCUGUAAUAAAGACGCAGCUCCAAACUCUCAGAAGAAACAGGGUCCUUACCCACCCCGAAUGGAACUGCCUUUACAACCCAAGUGGGCCAGGGACGUAUGGAAAAUCAACCUACUUUGAUAUCAGCUUACUUUGUAAAUUGCUUCGAGAAAUAUGCGGCCUCACUCCUCCUGCUACCGGAUGGGACAUUUUGCCUAACAGCACUGAUCACAGUCUUGAGGCAGACUUAGCUAGAAUUAAAUUUUACCGUAACAAAAUUUAUGGUCACAACCACAGCAUGGAGAUAACAAAUGCUGAUUUCAAGAAGCUUUGGAUGGAAAUCAGUGAGGCACUAUUAAGAAUUGCUAGCAUCAUAAGUAGUGCAAAGAGAGAUGAGUGGAAGAAGUCCAUCGAAAGGUUUUUCCUUGAACCACUAACACCAGACGCAGAGGAAUGUGUUGAUGAACUUCGAUUAUGGCACAAAACGGAUAUGGAGACAAAAGACGAGAUCGAAGGGGUGCGUAUUACACAAGAACUGAUUCAAAAGCAACUACAGCAGAUGCAAAUUGAACAAAAAGAAAGGGACAUGGAAAUUCUCAUCGUCCUUAAUAGUCUUAAGGAAAGUGUGUCAGCUGUCAGUCCAUCCGCACGAAUGGAAGGCGACCAAUUGCCAUUUGAACGUCUGGAGACACGUAUACCUAUACCCCCAGAGCAGUCAUCAGCAGAAGGUACUGCUGGUCUAUCCACACUAUCGGCACUGCAAGCAAGUCAGCAAAACAUUCCAGUAGUUCUUGAUUUCUGGUAUGUUGUUUUUUCAUUCAAAAGGCCAUUAGAACUCUUUAUCACAUACCUCAAAUUAAAGCUUGGAGUUGACGUUCAAAGCUACAGACUAGGAAGCUUUGUCAUAACAGUGUCCUGCAGUUCUUUAGAAGUUCUUGAGGCAUUGUGGAACGAAUAUCGGACAGGCCGUCUUAACGAAGUGGUCCAAGAUACCCUUGUAACGGGAGAGGUUCUGGAAAAGCUUGAACUCAGUGAGGUAAAACUGAGAACCAUUAUUUCAGAGGAAGACUACUUGUCAUACAAAGAGUUUUUGAAAAACAGAUCAGGUAAUAAUGAGAUAGGUACGCAUUCAUACAGUACUGAAAUAAGCUACAAUAAUCCAACAGUGAGACGCGUUACCUAAUGCGGGCAAAUGUAAAACCUCUAAAACCGACAUUGCUGUUGGUAAUCACGAUUAAAACGAAUAGUUUUGUAAAAAAAGUCUAUAGUAAUAAACACUUAUUUUUCACCUUAACAUGCCGCUGUAAGAGGAAAUAUACGCGUGAUGUCAGGUCCUAAAGGAGACCGUUAGUUACGUUUACCCGAGAGUCCUGAUGUUUCUAUAGACGUGGGCUCCACGGAAAACAAAACUUCAAAAAAAAUUGUUUCAGUAGGGACAUGACAUAAAGUGUUUUCAUGUUAUAUUCGUAGCCUUUCACUUCAACAGUGACAAAGAAUAUAGAGCGAAUCAAAACAAAAACAUUAAUUCUGAAAAGCGCUUAAUGAUUGAUUCACAAAUUUAGUACUUUCCUUAUACUAACUGCUUCUUUGCCCUCCACUAUACCUGCUGUGUCUGCUGUAUCACGAGCUGUUGUAUCCCGAGCAAGGUACAAUUGCUGAAUUGUAUGUACGAUCGGGAUACCGAUUUGAAUUUAGUCAAGGCCACAUACCAAAAAUCAACCAAUGGUAGUUUCUGCUUAGUCGAGUGAAGGUCUCGGGAUGUAGCAAUUUCAUCAUAAUUUCAUAAUUCAAGAUCAUGUGUCAAUUACGCUGGAAUUAUGAAGUCACAAUCGCUGAUGCAAAAAACGGUCCUUACUGAGAAGUGUAAGCUUAUAUCAAUUCCAAACAAUUAACCAGAUUCACGCACUGCGGAAAAUGCUAAAAAUAAGCUAUUCAGACUCGAAUGUCUGAAAUUUUGAAUUAAAAUUGCGGAUUUUUUUAGCUCCUUUUUUUACAAAGGUAAAGCGGAAAAAAUAACACAAAUAGGGAGCAAAGCAAUUAAAAGCCUCAAAUAUACAUAAUUAUAUAAUCUUGAACAAUCGGCCGCUAGAGCUGCGAAUCUUUUUUGUAUCGGCAAUAGUAGCGGGACAAAAUUCCAACUUCACGCCUUUCUACAACACAAAAAAAAUACAUAGGCGAUUACGAAGAGGAAUUUCGAGAUAUCUUGAAUUUCUUCAGAAGAGGUAUAAAUCAUGCAUGAACUGAAGACUGGACUUUAUCAAUAUGCAGACAAAUUUGCGACUUUUAGGAUGUUUCCGGAAAGAUUUCACAACUCAUCCGUUUUGCAAAUUACCCUUAUACAUUCUAAAAUGCGCUAAACCAAGAGAGGAUAAAGGUUUAUCCGGCAGUUGCCUUGAGCGUUUUCGAAAAGACAUGAAAACAUGUGAAUCGGGGCAAAACGCGAUGCUGAGCUCGUUUUGUAAUUUCUACGGCUACUUUCACGAAGACAGCGAUUAAACCAAAAUUUUAGUGAUGCAAUUGAUCAGUGUACUAUAAAAUGCCCGAUUUUCGUGUCCAUUGAAACAUUUUGAGUUGCCUAACGUAGGCGCAAAAUUGAGUAAAUAUUGAACUGAAUUGCUUAUAUAACUAACAGGCUAGUGUCAAUUUGCGCAAGAUCUAAUGUGACACUUGACAUAGGCUUACAUGGGUCGUAGUGGACGUACGGGCAGGCGGGCAUACAGUGACGUCCUAACCAAAUUUUAUUCAGAUAGAUAGAUUACCACAUUUUCUUUGCAAGAGGGCUCUCCUCGGGCGCGCGUGGAACUUCGCCAUGAACAUUCACACAAAGACGCAACCUAGACGGAAAUUAGGACUUUAUAACACAAUGAAUUGGUUUCAUCUAUUCUUUUUUUGUGAGACAAAGAAGUUACUCAAAUUAUACAAAAAUACCCCCUACAAUAAACACUUCCCUUUUUGGAGAGGGAGGAGAGGGGCAAGGAGUUUGUUGCACUAUUGACAGCCCUCUCGAAAUUCGCGCGAAAAACCGUUCUAAAAAUAAACUGGUCCGUAAAAACUCCGUGACACGAGCGCAUGGAAUUUGCUCGCUCCGGGUUAUGGGCUCUUGGGUAGUGUUAACACUACCCAUUACAGCAUUACGGACAAAUGUCCUGUUUGUCAUCUGUUACUAAUUAUAUUGACGAGCAAAUUUGAGUCGAAGUUUAAGUAAAGGUACAAAUUGCGUUUUUUCAUCUUUGUUAGGUAAAGGGGAAGAAAAGGCAAUUCCCGAAGUUCAAGAAAGUCCUGACACAGAGCUUGUUGCAGGUAAGAUAUAAAAAUUCUAAUUUAUUGACAAACAGUAUUUGUAUUUGAUUUGGUGCAUGCUGUCCUCUUAUUGAUAGAGCUUGAACAUGGGCUCCCGGCUCGCGAGUGAAAGGGAAAGAGGGUAUACGGAAGCGAUAUAGCGCAAAGGAGGGAGAAGGGUGGGCAGAAAGCCUUGUUUCAAACCCGAAAUAUUCGGCAAAUAGAUUCAGUAACUACAGUAGUUUCAUUGCCUUGAAUGAUGAUGAUCUCAUCGUAAAACUGUUUGAAGAUUGUUCCAUAAGUAAGCACCACUGUAACUAAAGCUACGCUCAAGGUAGUCAGUUCUUGGUUUCGGAGGUAACAAUUUACCUUUAGCGUCACGAAGUUCGUUAUUCGAGAUUCUCCGAGCAGACAAAUUCCAGAAAUAAGCUGGGGCAAGAUUAUUAGUACACUUCAUUAAGUACGCCUUAAUUGCUUAGCGUUUCUAAUCGAUAAGUUGUCUCAACCAAGCAAGUCAAGAAGUUGUCUGGAACCAGUGUCAUAGCUUGAUUUAGUGACAACUCUGACAGCGCGAUGUUGUAGUUUUUGGAGUUUAUCACUUUUUAGAUGUUGCGACAAGCCAUUCCAGACAGUACUACAGUAAUCAAAGUGUGGUUCAAUAAGACCUUACUAUAUUAAAACUGCAGUGUGGACGGAAACAAAUAACCUGAUUCGGUUAAGCACACCAAUGCUUGAGGAACCUUUUUUGUUCGAGAUGUGAUGUACGUGGGCCUUUCAAGAUAGAUCGUCAAUAUUAAGCCCAAGAGAUUUGCUAUGAGUUGUUUGGUUUACUUGGACGCUAUCCAUAUCAUUGUUUAUUGUGUCGUCAUUUAAGGAUAGUAGUUUCUGCCUCGAGCUAAUAAUCAUUAAUUCUGUUUUGGCGACUUUGAGACUUAAUUUGUAAGCUUUAAGCCAGAGAUUAAUGUUUCAAUUCAGUAUUGAUUUGUAAUUCGAGAUCAGGUGUGCUAGGUACAGAAAAGCUAACGUUAGUGUUUUCAAUGUACAUUCUAGGAGAACCAGUAUUCAAACAGUUUGGAAGGUCAUUUAUGUAGAUCAAAAAGAGAAUUGGGCCUGUUAUAGAUCCUUGAGGUAGAGCACAGUUAAAAGGGCUCUCACAAGAUAGGCAGUCAACUACAAUGCAUAGCUAUGUAUCUUUGCAUACAGGUUUUUUACAUAAGAUUUGCACCAUUUCAAGGCAUCUUGGCCAACGCUGUAUUUAGUGGGUUUUUUUUUUAGAAUAAUUUCGUGGUUACUACUGUCCAAGGCCUUCUUCAAAUAAAUGAAGAUUACGCCAUCAAGAAGACCUCUAUCAAUAUUGACGUACCAGUUAUCAUUUGUCUUUCAUGAAGCUGUAAGGGUAUUAUGUAGGGAGAGAAAACCAGACUGACAGUUGUUUAAAAAACCAUUUUCAUUCAGGUAGUGGUAAAGUUGGUCAUAGACAAUUUUUUCAAAACUUUUGGCUACGGCAGGGACAAUAUAUAUUGGCCGGUAGUUGUUUAGGCCUGACUUGGAGCCAUUCUUAAAAAUAGGUGACACUUAAGCUAGUUUCCAGUCAAAGUGGAAAAUAGCAGUCGGAAUAAAUUGAGUAAAAACGCCUGUUAAAGAGGGCGCAACCACUUCGGCUGCAAUUUUUAGUAGUUUGCCAACAUCGAUAGCUUUAAGUAAUUUGAUGACUUUUUGAACAUUAAUCCGUUGGGAAGAAAAUACUCCGUUGACAGGAUUUGCAUAGGAAAGGGGAUCAGUGUCUACACUGGGAAUUCCUCGAGCUAGCGAUUGGCCAAAAUUUGUAAAAUGCUUGUUAAAUGCUUCAGCUAUAUCACCAGGUGAGGUAAAAAUUUUGUUUUUUUAUUUGGGACAAUCUAGUUGAUUUUUUUGUCGAUACUGAAGCUCUUUAAUUAACCGCCAAGAUUUACGAGGAGAUGUCUAAGCAUCUUGGUUUUCUUGUGCAGUGCGUUUCUUAGAACUUAUUUGGUUUCAACUUUUAGCCUCGCUUUCAUGGUAAAUUCAUUUUCACUGUUAACGACUGUUAAAACACAGCUACAACUCAACAUUUAUACCACAAUUUGAGACCACGAAAUACCUUGCCAAAACGAGGGUGCUUUAAUCUAUCAAAAUUCAUCGUCAAACCUUUUCUGUCUCCUGGGUUGCACAAAACGUCCCUCGCUCCCAGGCUAUAUUUCUUGUUUUUUUUUUUUAGUUUCAGUUUAUCUCUUAGGUUUCGCACAGGAAUAAAAUCUUGUUUACGCGUGUCUGACCACUAUCUUACCCCGUCAAAACUCUUCUCCGCAUCCAACAUGGCGUCUUUCACUCGGUUCGCUGAAUACUCGAGUGCCUUGUUUAUGUCACAUACUCUCUCGUACGCUAAACGCAAAUUCUCCGUUCCUUCAGCGUUUAGUUUUUUCCGCAAUUUCUCCAACGUAGUACGUUGCCCUUUUUAAUUCCUUCUUGUAAUUUUCUUCAGCAAGCUCCACCACGUUUCGCAGUCAGUAGUAUUUUCUUGAGUCUUCAGACAUUCCAUGUUUGUGCACACAAUGUUCGCUCAACAAGCAGUCCUGGCAGGGUCGCCACUUUUGGUGUGGAAAAAGAAAUCCAGUGUACAGCAAAUAAAUUACAAAAUCUCAACAAGUUUAAUGUCCACAAUCCUAUCCACGAGUACAAGUAAGGAGUAGUAGAAAGGCGAAAAGCAACAAAGUCAAAAUGCUCCCGAUACUUAUUUAUUCCUAGCCAAUCAAAACGAGGCUACAACAACAAAACACCUUAAAUAGCAAUCACGAAUGUUCUCAACGUUCUUAACAAUGCACCUCUAACGCAACGAAGAAGCCCAAGUAUACGCUUCAACAGUAGAGACCUUAAGAUUGAAGUUUUUCGGCAUUUGCCGCGAUUUGCGAACGUCCAGAAAUCACGUAACCAGUGCCUUGUCUUCAAAAUUUCGGUUUGAGGUUCACGUUUGUACGGCUAGACCGCGCUUCAGAGGUAAGUAAUUUACCACAAGGUGUUUUGCACCCUUAAACAUCACAAUCCCACGUUUGGGAAAAAUACCACCUUUAAGAGCUCUUGCUUAUUGAUUAUCGAAUUCUAUUUUUUAAAAGACGGCGGUAAUUUUGAAGACAAUUUCUCAGCCAAAAUAGAAAGAAGUGGUUGAAUGAAAACAAAUAUGGCAGCCGCGAGCUACCACCCGCGAAUCUUAAGUCGCAAAUAUGGGCAGACGAGUAACGUGAAACCGUUAACCGUAAACCGCAGUUUGUUGUUUGCAGUAAAAUGGCUAAACCUAGAUCUUUAGUUCUCUAGUUCAUUCUUGCCUCCUCUUCGACACUCUCCUCGUUCCUGGCCUUAUCACCUCUCUCUGUCAAACGCAUUCCCCUAAUGUACAAUUACUACUGACCCAACUAAUUGUAUGGCACUAACAAAGAUACACCAAUUAAUGAAUAUAAAUUGUCUCAACGAUAAAAUGAAACCACAACAUAUUUAUACCUUUUUUGUCAGGAGAGCUGGAAUACCAAAGCCAGCAGAGAGAAAAGAAAGCCAUAGAGUACCAUGAACGACAAGUCAAAAUUUCGAAAGAAGUGGGAGACAGGGCAGGAAAAGGAAAAGCGUACAGUAGUCUUGGCAACGCCUAUCACAGUACUAGAGAUUUCAAGAAAGCCAAAGAGUACCAUGAACGAGACCUCAAAAUUACUAAAAAACUGGGAGACAGGGCAGGAGAAGCAAGAGCGUACAAGAAUCUCGGCUACGCCUAUCACAGUAUUGGAGAUUUCCAGAAAGCCAUUGAGUACCAUGAACCACACUUCAAAAUUACGAAAGAAGUGGGAGACAUGGCAGGAGAAGGAAAAGCGUACAGUAAUCUUGGCUACGCCUAUUACAGUAUUGGAGAUUUCCAGAAAGCCAUAGAGUACCAUGAACGACACCUCAAAAAUUCGAAAGAAGUGGGAGACAGGGCAAGAGAAGGAAGCGCGUACUGUAAUCUUGGCAACGCCUAUUUCAGCCUUGGCGAUUUCCAGAAAGCCAUGGAGUACCAUGAACAACACCUCAAACUUUCGAAAGAAGUGGGAGACAGGGAAGGAGACGGAAAAGCCUACGGUAAUCUUGGUAACGCCUAUGAGAGUCUUGGCGAUUUCCACAAAGCCAUAGAGUACCAUGAACGAGACCUCAAAAUCUCGAACGAAGUGGAAGACAGGAAAGGAGAAGGAGAAGCGUACUGUAAUCUUGGAGACCUCAAAAUUACUAAAAAACUGGGAGACAGGGCAGGAGAAGCAAGAGCGUACAAGAAUCUCGGCUACGCCUAUCACAGUAUUGGAGAUUUCCAGAAAGCCAUUGAGUACCAUGAACCACACCUCAAAAUUACGAAAGAAGUGGGAGACAUGGCAGGAGAAGGAAAAGCGUACAGUAAUCUUGGCUACGCCUAUUACAGUAUUGGAGAUUUCCAGAAAGCCAUAGAGUACCAUGAACGACACCUCAAAAAUUCGAAAGAAGUGGGAGACAGGGCAAGAGAAGGAAGCGCGUACUGUAAUCUUGGCAACGCCUAUUUCAGCCUUGGCGAUUUCCAGAAAGCCAUGGAGUACCAUGAACAACACCUCAAACUUUCGAAAGAAGUGGGAGACAGGGAAGGAGAAGGAAAAGCCUACGGUAAUCUUGGUAACGCCUAUGAGAGUCUUGGAGAUUUCCACAAAGCCAUAGAGUACCAUGAACGAGACCUCAAAAUCUCGAAAGAAGUGGAAGACAGGAAAGGAGAAGGAGAAGCGUACUGUAAUCUUGGCAACGCCUAUGAGAGUCUUGGAGAUUUCCAGAAAGCCAUAGAGUGCCAUGAACGAAGCCUCAAAAUUUCGAAAGAAGUGAGAGACAGGACAGGAGAGGGAACAGCGUACUGUAAUCUUGGCAACGCCUAUUACAGUCUUGGAGAUUUCCAGAAAGCCAUAGAGUACAAUGAACGAGGCCUCAAAAUUUCGAAAGAAGUGGCAGACAGGGCAGGAGAGGGAAGAGCGUACUGUAAUCUUGGUAACGCCUAUGACAGUGUUGGAGAUUUCCAGAAAGCCAUAGACUACCAUAAACGAGACCUCAAAAUUUCGAAAGAAGUGGGAGACAGGGCAGGAGAAGGAAAAGCGUACGGUAAUCUUGGCAACGCCUACUUUCGUCUUGGAGAUUUCCAGAAGGCCAUAGACUACCAUGAACGAGAUCUCCACAUUUCGAGAGAAGUGGGAGACACGUCAGGAGAGGGAGAAGCGUUCGGUAAUCUUGGCAACGCCUAUGACAGUCUAGGAGAUUUCCAGAAAGCCGUAGAGUACCAUCGACGAAGCCUCGGCAUUUCGAAAGAAGUGGGAGACAGGGCAGGAGAAGGAAGAGCGUACGGUAAUCUUGGCAACGCCUAUCACAAUAUUGGAGAUUUCGAGAAAGCCAUAGAGUACCAUGAACGACACCUCAACAUUUCGAAAGAAGUGGGAGACAGGGCAGGAGAAGGAAGAGCGUACGGUAAUCUUGGUAACGCCUUUAGAAAUCUGGGAUAUUUCCAGAAAGCCAUAGAGUACCAUGAACGACACCUCAACAUUUCGAAAGAAGUGGGAGACAGGGCAGGAGAAGGAAAAGCGUACGGUAAUCUUGGCAACGCCUAUGACAGUGUUGGAGAUUUCGAGAAAGCCAUAGAGUACCAUGAACGAGACCUCAGAAUUUCGAAAGAAGUGGGAGACAGGGCAGGAGAAGGAAGAGCGUACGGUAAUCUUGGUAACGCCUUUAGAAAUCUGGGAGAUUUCGAGAAAGCCAUAGAGUACCAUGAACGACACCUCAAAAUUUCGAAAGAAGUGGGAGACAGGGCAGGAGAAGGAAAAGCGUACGGUAAUCUUGGUAACGCCUUUAGAAAUCUGGGAGAUUUCGAGAAAGCCAUAGAGUACCAUGAACGACACCUCAAAAUUUCGAAAGAAGUGGGAGACAGGGCAGGAGAAGGAACAGCG